AUGGUGUCCAAGUUUUUAAGAUCUAUCUUCCGGUUUAGAAAAACCAACAUUAGCAUCUUUCUUCUGGUCACAUAUGCAUGUAUAGGUUUAAUAUAUAUCUAUGACCAUACCCGAUAUAAAAUUACUUUACCAAACCCACUAUUAGAGCCUGAAUUGAAUUCAUUAAUGGAAUCGGCGUGGUUAGAUCUUCAAAAUGUUACUUCUACUUUUCAUCCUUACGGUUCAAGAGAUAACGAUAGAGUUCAUGAUUAUUUAAAAUUCAGAAUUCAACAGAUAGUAUCCACUAAUAACGGUACUAAGAGAAAUUCUUUUGUAGAAGUAUCAGAUGACUAUUCAAAUAAUUUAACGCUCUUGUUUAAACAGCAAGAUACGUUUAACGCAACCUCUACUAAGUCAAGAGUCAUAUAUUUCGAAUCUUCAAAUUUGCUAGUCAAGUUGCAAGGUAAAAAUAAUUCUUUACCUGGGUUAUUAAUAUCAGCACAUUUUGAUGCAGUGCCAACAUCAUUAGGUGCUACUGAUGACGGAAUUGGUAUUGUAUCAAUGUUAUCUAUCUUGCAAAAUUUAAUGAAUCAAAAUAGGCAACCAGAAAGAACAAUUAUCUUUAAUUUUAAUAAUAAUGAAGAAUUUGGAUUAUUAGGUGCAUCUGCCUUCUUUAAUCAUGAAUGGUCGAAUAUAGUUUCAUAUGUUUUAAAUUUAGAAGGUGCGGGUGCAGGUGGUAGAGCUGUAUUACUAAGAACAUCAGAUACGUCUACUGCAAAUAUUUACAAAGAUUCAGUUCUUAGCCAGCCUUUUGGUAACUCGAUGUAUCAAGAAGGCUUUUACAAAAGAUAUAUUAGAAGUGAAACUGAUUUUAAAGUUUAUCAAGAAAAUGGUUUAAAAGGUUGGGAUAUUGCUUUUUAUAGGCCAAGGGAUUAUUAUCACACUAUUAGAGAUUCUGUUCAGUAUACCUGUAAGCAUUCCUUAUGGAAUAUGCUACACACUACGUUACAAAUUACUAAUUAUAUGUCAAAUAAGGCUACUAUCUUAGAAUCCUCAGAACCUACAAGUAUCGAUACUUCUCCAGCUAUUUAUUUUGAUAUAGCAGGUCUAGGUUUCGUCGUCAUAAGUGCUAAAACUUUGUUUACAAUCAAUUGUUUCCUAUUAGUAAUUUGCCCCCUAAUAACAUUUUCACUUCAUGCUAUUUCCAAGACAAGAAAUACUUGGAAAAUGAAUAAUUUCACAAUCUGGUUAAGAUUUCCAAUAUCAUUUGUUAUUUCGACAUUUACUACUUAUUUGUUCACUUCUAUAAUAAUGCAUUUGAAUAAAUACGUUUUUUCAAGGGAUUACUUGAUUCCAAUUUUUUUCACCAGUUCUUUAUCAAUUUUAUUAAAUUAUCUUAUUUUAUCAUUAUUUGAAUAUGUUAAUCCAAUCCAAGAUUUCAAAUUAAUUAUAUUUAGAGAAAUUACAAUGGUAUCAUGGCUUCUCUUACUGGCUAUUACAUUUAGAUUGUAUAAGUCAAGCUAUAAAGAUACUGGUGUUUACUCAAUUACAAUUUUAUAUUUCUUGAUGUCUUUAGCAACCAAUAUUGGAUAUGUAUCAAUGGUUUUCAAGAAUAAUAGAAAUAAUAUUGAUGAUCAUUUUGAAGAAGAAAUAGUCUCAUACCCGCAAAGUGAAGUACAAAACAAUAAUCAAUAUGGUAGUGUAACUGACAAUAUGGUAGCUCCUCCUGCAAAUGAAGAAACUGUAGAACAUAACCUAAACAACACUACCAUAACUAUUGAUAAUGAAAAUGAUGACGAUGAAAAUCAAAGAAUAAUACAUAGUGAUAAUGAGGAUUUGGAACCACAAGAAGCAGCUCCAUUAUUGGCACCACAUGGAUCUCAACGUCAAGAAAGUCUGCAUGAUAUGGAUGCAAAAUCGAUAAUCUCCAAAUCUAAAAGAAUCAUGAAACAAAGUUUGAAUUAUGAUUGGUUAAUUCAAUUCUUAAUAGCAGUACCAAUCUUAACAUUUUUAUUUUUUAAUGUAUUUGAUCUAAUCUUUGAAGCAUUAAAUCAAACUGUUCAAGAUAACGGAAAUGUGUACAAACUAAUAUUUUCUAUGUUAUUAAUUGCUGGUAUAAUGAUUAGUCUUCCAGUCUUGCCCUUUGCUUAUAAAUUAAAUUUUUCGGUUGGAACUUCUUUAUUCAUAAUUACAAUUCUUUCAUUUUCAAUAUCUUUAUUCCAAAAUUCCUUUAAUAUUGAUCUCCCUUUGAAAGUUCGUUUUAUUCAAACUGUCGAUUUUUCUGACGAAUCCACUGAACUUGAAUAUGGUAAGCCAAUGGUUAAUAUCUUUGGCUUAGCUGGUGGAUAUAUACUUCCUAUGAUUAAUGAUUUACCCAGUGUUAAGCAAAAUGGAUUACAACCUAUUUGUGAAAUUCAAGAUACAGGUAUGGAGCUAUGUAAAUAUGAAGGUAUGAAGCCAAAUUUAUUGGAUUAUAUGCCUAAUGAAGAAAGAUCUGAAAAAGAUGAUAGUUAUAGCAAUUCUUUGGAAAAUAUAAUGCAAAUUGAAGUCUUAAAAAAUAAUAGAAAUUCACCAGAUAGAUCACCUUAUCAACCAAUUGAAGCUGAAUUAAAAAUACAUGUUAGAGAAAAUAGAAUGUGUACACUAUACUUUAAUAACUCGUCCUCUAGAAAUUCUCCUGUGAAUAAAGUUACUAUUUUCCAUGAUAAUUGGCAUCCUAAUGGUGAUUCUGAAAGUUAUACUUGGAGAAAUGGUAUAGAUGAAUUUCAAUUGCAUAAACUAGACUUCGAACAAGAUUAUUACCAUAUUGGGAUCCAAUGGUUACCAAGGGAUCUAUACGAUUUCGAUAGACGUAUUUAUGUUAAAGAUGAGAGUACUAACCAUUUAGGUAUUUUCUUCCAUUGCUAUUGGGCAGAAUACAAUACCGGAACGAUAAUUAAUGGAAAGAAAUUACGAAAAAUUCCAGCCUUAGACGAAUUAUUAGCAUAUGCACCAUUAAAUAUGUCAUUUACUAAUAGAGAAAAGGGUUUGGUUCUAGUGAAAAAUUAUGUAGAAUUAUGA